AUAUAGAUAAGUCUUCGUUAAUAAUCUACACACGGAGUUACAGGUAUGAAUCGUUCAGCGCUCUAUCACAGCAGAGCGCCUGCAACAAAGCGAGCGCUGGAAUGUGUUUGACGCUGCGCGUGCGGCGCGGAGAAUGCCUUCGGUACUCCCACUUCCACGGGAUCCAAUCCGCGACGAACAGCAGUUUCAAGGCACCCGCGAAGUCUCCAAAAUGGCAAAAACAAAGCCCCAAAUGUCCAAAACGCACGAAUUUCAACACAAAUACAUGGCCGCUCGCUCGGAACCUGAAGAAGGGCCAUUUUCCAGUCGCUCGGCGCUUCGUUUCCCCUGCCAAAAGUGCGUUUCGGGGGGUUGUUUAUCAGUAGUAAGGGGAACUUGAAACCGCCCCUUGCCCCAUUUCCUCGCUUGUUUUGCUUUUUUCGCCUGGAUUCUCCAUGUUGGAGCAAUAGCGAGGGCUUUCAUAACGACAGGAGGGAAUGUACACAAAUAUACGGCUGGUAAAGAAACCGUACGAGAGCAACACGAAGGGCAUCCGAACGAGCCUCACCCAAGAGAAGCAGAAAACAAGGAAACGAGAAGACCAACAACAGCAACAACGAAACGGACUCCAUGUAAAAAAUAACACGACGGCAGAGGAGAUCGACGCGACGGCGACACAACGCGAGCGAUCGCGUGCGGGGGAAACUGAUUGGAUGUUGUUGGACCGCGCAUUUGUUAGAUGGAAAGUUCUAUCAUCACACAAGUGCAAAAAGAGGAAUCUCCGCUGCAGUCGAAAACAGGCCAAGGGAACAAAUCUUCCCCCAAGAAGCCUCGGAGCAGAAAUAUCUUCAAAGCGCUUUUCUGUUGCCUCCGAGCACAGGAUGCCCCUCAGCCGCCGCCCCCUGCCCAGGAUACUUUGCUGCCGCCUGAGAACAAUGGGACGGUCGCCAAGCCGUCUUACUGCCUCCGUCCCCGGUCCUUCGAAAAGGUCCCAGGAACCUGUCUGCUGCCUGAGGUGACCCCCCAGGACCAGGACAAGAUAUGUGUGGUCAUCGACCUGGACGAGACUCUGGUGCACAGCUCCUUCAAGCCCAUAAGCAACGCAGACUUCAUUGUGCCUGUGGAGAUCGAGGGGACGACGCACCAGGUGUAUGUUCUGAAGAGGCCGCACGUGGACGAGUUCCUUCACAGGAUGGGAGAGAUGUUCGAAUGCAUCCUCUUCACUGCCAGCCUGGCCAAGUACGCGGACCCGGUGACUGACCUGCUGGAUCAGAGCGGUGUCUUUCGGGCCCGACUUUUCCGGGAGUCCUGCGUCUUCCACCAGGGCUGCUAUGUCAAGGACCUGAGCCGGCUGGGCCGGGAUCUCCACAGAACGCUCAUCCUGGAUAACUCCCCGGCCUCCUACAUCUUCCACCCUGAGAAUGCUGUGCCUGUAGUGUCCUGGUUCGAUGACACGGAGGACACCGAGCUGCUCAACCUCCUGCCUGUCUUCGAGGAGCUCAGUCAGGCGGAGGACGUCUAUGCCAAACUCCAGCAGCUGCGAGCCCCUUGACCCCAGGCCUGCAGCCCCUCCCCUUCGAGCAGACCGUGUCUCGCUUCUGGAAAAAUCCAAACCCUCCUGGAACGCAGGCUCUUUGUUUGCGCCGUGGACUUUGCACCCCUGCGACAGCUCGUGCUGCGGCCAGCUGAUCCGGGAGCACGCCGCCAUUCGGCGCCGGUGGAAACGCACGCGUGUGCAGAAAAAACCUCCCGACACAGAGUCCGUCGCAUUCAAAACGAAGAGAGGAAAAGUUUUUGUUUUUGAAAGUUUCGGUAGUUUUCACACUUUAAAAAAGGACUUUUUAAAGCACUAUCUCUCUCAGUUGAGACUGAUUAGAGCACUAUCACAGCGUGGACUUUCUUUAUACUGUGUCAUGGGUGAUGAACACCAACGCAAAACUCAUAAAGCAAAAAAGAAAACGUAUAUAUUUUAUGCUCGAUUUUUGGGAUAUUGGGUUGUUUUCAGGAAAGCAAUUCAUUUCAUAGAUUGCCUUAACUAAUCUCAAGGAAACAAAAGAUGCUGAACUGCGGGUUGCUUGGACUAACACAAAACCAGUAUGGCCUGGCAUACAACUUGGGGUCCCAGAGCCCCUGACUGUCCAUCACUGUGCCUUUUUUUUAGGAAUCUCAGCAUGAUUAAAACUUUUGUUCAUAUUAGUUUUUUUUUAUUUUUAUUUUUAGGUUUUAUAUAUAUUUUUAAAUGUCCGUUAUUGUUCAGUAUAUAAAAUAUAGGUAUGUUUAAUUGUAGUACAAGGAAGAACAGCCAUACAAACCCUCUGUACUCUUAUUUUUUUUAAUUUUUUUUUUUUUUUUUAAAGAAGAGAAUAUUCUCAGUGAGGAUCAUUUUCUCCUGUUAGGGACCAUCACAGUCUGAGGGUUCAGACCACAGUAUUAUGCUAGAUAUUUACUACACAAGGUUUACUCUAUGCAAAUGGCCAAAUAUAGUGCAUCCAAAUUCUUAACUUUUUUUGUUUGCACUUUUCCAAAAAAGUAUAGCACAUAGGGUCUGGGUGGAACAAGCAGAAGCAUAGAAUGAUAUUCAAAAUAAUUUGUUUGCGUUACCUCACAUAUUAAGCAUUUGCCCUUGCAGGAAUCAUGUUUUUUUUUUUUUAAAUUUUUUUUUUUUAAAAGAAAGUACAAGUGUGCUUGACAGAAACUUACUGUAAAUCAGCAUUAGUGUACACACCUGGUUUCACACCACUUGUUACUCCAUUCAUAGGUAACAUUCAGCAGUUCUGCUUGCCUUGGAGAUGUCCAGCCUUUGUGACAGAUUUGUGUCCAUUUACAUUUAUUAUGGGACUGAAUACCUGGUGAUGAUGAUUUCAGGGCUAUUUCAGGAGGGCGUCAUAAUGUCAAAGGGGUUUUUGGUCUCUGUAGUUCUUUCUGGUUGUAGUUGAACCCAUUCUGACAUGUUGUUGACCCCAGGGAUAACUCCCAUUGAAAAUGCCUUGCUCUUUAGCACUUCCACCACCCAGGAGGUGUGUGUUAGCCUUUUUGUUCUUUAAAUGAGCACAUGCUUACUUUUACAUAACGGUAAGUGCCUAAGGCAUUUAUGCAUGUGGCCGAGUGACAAACAUCACCUCGCAUAUACAAUAUAUUCUUAAACAUUUGAACUAUAAAUUCUUUAAAAUCUCACCUGGUGGUUUAAAUCUCUUUCUUCAAGGAAAUCAUUUUCACUUAAGUUUGAUUAAUCGCUUUUGCAAUGUACAAUUUUCAGGUGACGUUCGGUAAAAAUUUCUGUGAAGGGACCCUGUAGGCAAGUUUUGACUAAAUUUAUACUAUACUCUCAUAUCAAAUCAAAAAGGGGUUUUAAUUACAUUUAUAAGCAUGUAUGUCUGUUUUUUGCAAUCAAGAUUUGUCACUUGUAGAAUACUUUUGUUACUCAUUGGUGGUGGGACAUGGUGGAGGGUAUUAAGAAAUGAGCUGAAUAAUAUGAAAUUGAUGCUGUACUGUAUCUGUUUAACUAAAUUCAAAAAGGUAAAUCUUAGCCAGAGUUUGCUGAAGGUGCUUUGUCAUCACUGGGGACCAAAUUCUUCAAUUUGAAAUAUAGCCGAAACCUUUUGGUAUUUAUUUUCAACAAAAUAGCUGAAAUAUGUUUAAAAAAAAAAAUGUGGGUUGAUAUAAUUGAUGCCAUUGCCAGUGUUUGUCCCAGAAAGUCACCCGGCCAAACCUACUGUUGUGUGUUGCAUUGGUUGCAGGUAAUUUCUGGUCAGUGUCACCGGGUUCUCAACGCUAAGGGUUCGUUAGGUACUGCACAGUGUGAGUAAAAUGAACAAUCAGAUAUUUAUGGUUCAGAUGUAUUGUUUUCUACAAAUCACGGGCGCAUUUUGCUUUACUUCGAUAUCCAAAAGAGCUUUGUAAUAUUGCUAAUUAAAAAAAAAAAAAUGUGCAUACUAACAAUGUGAUUACCAUAACUAUUGUGCCUGUUAUAAAAAGCUUUUAACUCCUGAACCAAGUCCUUCCUGUGUACACAUUGACCCUACCUUGAGUCUACCACACUGGGUAGAGUUGGUGAACAGUGCUGAUAACCAGGCUGAGGUUUUAUGGUGAAAAUUGGGCAGCUGGUACCAUAGUGGUUAGAGCCGUUGCUUUUGCACCCAAAGGUUGCAGGUUCAAAUCCCAGCUGCAGUACCCUUCACCAAGGUAUUUACCCUAAAUUGCUCCAGUAAAAUUACACAGCUGUGUAAGUUGGUAAAUCGUCGUAAGUCGCUUUGAAGGAAGACGUGAGCUAGCCGAAUAAAUGUAAAACACGUCUCGUUGCUUUUAAUUUCGGCAAGGAAACCAAAUCAAAACUCUCCACAGAGUAGCUAAGUGUCAGUUGUGUUCUAGUUAUUCACUUUGGAGUAGCAAAGCUCAUUUUAAACUCCUGAUCCUUAAACUGCAUCUGCUGUCAUUCAGUUGUAGUUUUGGCUCAGUUUUUGUGGAAAUGAUAACUGAGUGAAUGAAUGGGAAGAGUGCAGACCUUUCAACGUAUCCCAGUCUCAUGGAAGUUCCCUGUAGCCUCACGACCCGAGCGAUGUGAAGUUUUGGUACAUGAAUUGUCAGUAAUGUUUCUGUUUCUAAUGUAACUAUAAUGAGGAAGUCAAACUGAGCUGGUUUUCCUCUCCAGUGUAAGUUUGUCUGAUGCUUCUGAUUCUAGCAGUUGGUCAAUCAGUCACUCACACAGUCUCAUUUUGCCCCAUAAGCACCAUUUUGCAAUUACUUUGCCGCAGGCCACUCCGUGUAAAAUUGACUGUACGUGGUCCAGUCCCCAUGACAGACCGUUAAGUUAAUUUAUUUACCGGCUUUAGCAUCAAGUACGCAGUGUGAACCAGGCCAAUAUUAUUUUCUUGAUACCACUCACAGAAUUCCAAAUGCUGUAUUAGGAUUUUAAGUAUUAAAAAAAACUUGAAAUAUAUAUUUCUAUACUGUAUUUUUGGAGUUUUUGGAAAAAAAAAAAACAGUUUUGAAAGUGGUUUAAAAAUGGCUCAAGAAGUAAUAAAAACCUUGAUUUAAUACUU